AAUUUUUUAAUAUAAGAGGUUCAAAAUAGCGUUAAAGCCAAGAAUAUGCGAUUUAAUGAGGCAAAAUCAAGCUCUCCAGAUCCCUUGGAUAUACUUUCAUCUUCCAAACCAUUGUAUUUAACACCAAAUUGUAGACAAUCUUUAAAUUUAUCACAUCAAAAACUUGAAUUGAGUACUGAAAUUAGACGAAUAGGACUUUAUGUAGAUAUCGGAAGUGAUAGAGAAGAAGUUUUUUUUGUUUCUCCUAAAAAAACAAGUAAACAUACGGGGAUUAAAACUUCUACAAAAAAAUCUUGUGAAAUAAAAGAUGAAGGAAAUUCUGAUAUAUCUUUUAAUGAAAUUGUUAGUAGUUGUAAGAAGAUAUUAGAUGGAAAAAAAAAGGGAAAAAAAAAGCCAAUAAAACAGAAAAGAAAGACUAGUAACACACAAUGUUUGAAUACGAAUCUAGCAUUUAUGCAGGAUGUUGAGAAUAUUUUGGAAGCUGAACCCGUAAAAGAGGCGGAAAUAAAACAUUUUGAUGAGGAAGAUACCUGUUUAUAUAAUAAUAUGAUAUUUAGAGAAAGAAAAAAUGUUAUUGAAAAUCAUUUUUAUUUUGACAAAGAUGUUAUGGAUGUUGAUAAUCCAGAAAUUAUUUCAUCUAACUCGACGAAUGAGUUAGUAAAGAAAUCUAAUAAUUAUACAACUAAUUUUAAAAAAUUGUCUUCUAAAAAACGAUUAAAUAUAGAAAAAAAAGAAAAGAUGCCUAAUACGACAAAAAUCUUAGAUUCAGCGGAUGCAAUUUCUGAGCCUAAUAUAUCAAUUGAGCCUGCUUUAUCUCUAUUUCCUAAAAAAAAUGUACUAAUAGAAAUCUCUAGUCUAUCAAAAGCCUCUGCAGAAAGAGCUGCUAAUGCUUUAACUCUUACAGGGAGAUUUGAAUUUGAAUCUAUUCAAAAUCAGGAAGAUUCGGAUAAAUGUCAAGAAAUAUUUCAAGAAAAACGUUGUUGGACGAAAGAUGAAUGGAAACUUUUGGAGCUAUUAUUAAUUAAACAUAAAAAAAUAAAAAAGACUUUAGAUUGCUUUUUAAAAGUAAAUAGUGAUUUUUCAGAAGAAGAAGUUGAUAAACGAUUAAAAGUUCUUUUAUUUAAAAAAAAAGAAAAUUACUAUUUGAAUAUUGAUAAGAAAAAUAAACUAAAUAAUCAUAUAGAAGUACGAAAUAACAAGGUCUCAAAUUCGGUUUUUGAGUGGAAAAAUUGGUUAAAAUGGUAAUGAGCAUAUCGUGAAGUUUAUAAAAG